UCUGGGUGGGGUGGGUUGAAAUUUAAGCGUCUGAUUAAUUCCGAUUCUUUGUAACUCGUUCCAGAACGAAGAUGAAAGUAGGAGGCGUGUGUGGAAUACUUAUACUAUUUAUCUAUAGGGCCUCUGAGGCUGGGAAAUACUCAGAGGAUGUCAACAAACCCUUGACAGAAUCUAGGAAGCCAUUUAGAAUGAACAAAGUGAAUAUGAUAUGGGAAAAGGCACAGAAAAGACUGGCUGGACCCCGUCUGGCUGACCUGUAUGCUGACCUCACUAUCCAGGAUAAAGUGGAAAGGGAACUUAAGAAACUCAAAGCUGAAGACAGAGAUAAAGAUGGAAUGAAGGAUGCAGAGGUUCGACAGCGACUGUUAGACAUCAUGAACAGAUAUGGGCUUCAAGAAGUUAUUUCUGUACCUCCUAGUCCAGUCUUCUCAAAUGAAAUUCCACAAGAAUUUCAUGAUAAAAAACUCCAAAAAAUGUGGAAGAAAGCCGAGUUAAGUGGAUUUACAGAUGAAGAAUUGAAACAACUCAAAGAGGAGUUUUGGCAUCAACAAAAUAAACUGGAUGAAUUUAACAGUCUGAAGGAGGAAGGAUUUAAAUUUGAUGACAUGAUGGACAACAGUCUUGACCGGUACAGUGACAAUGAUUUGAAAAAGAUGUCUAAGACUGACAGGCAGUUGGAGUUAAAACGAAGAAAUCAAGAACUGAACGACAGGUACCGAAACCUUCAUGAGAAGGUAGAAAAACCAGGGGAUGAAGAAUUGGAGUUUUCUGACCAUAGAGUUUACGAGUUGUGGGCACUUGCUAAGAAGGCCAACAUGUCUGAGGAGGAGUUGGCUGAAUUUAAAACAGAGUUGGGACACUUCCAGCGCCGGAUCUCCAAACACGAUUAUUACCAGGAUCAGCUGUCGUACACGGAGGAUCUGACCAAGGAUCAGUUUAAAGAAGGAGAAUUACCAGAGAAACAUACCGAUAUUAAACAGCGGGCAGAGAAUAUGGAGAAAACUGUGCGUAAAUACCAUGCCCAUUUGAAAGACACUGUAGAGAAAGCUAUCAACAAGAGACACACCGAGCUAUGAUCGAGGGUUGAAUGUGGAGAGUAUGUGUUGUUAUGGCUGUAGACAAAAGGGCAGUAACUGUGUUUGUAUGCUGUAAGUUAGUAUGUGUACCAAAAUGUGCCUUGUAGUGGCACUGUAUGCUGAAAAAUGAUUCUUCUUAUUUUUGGGAAUUACCAAAAUUGUCUUUGUAUGGAAUGCUUUCCACCUUCAUCCCUCCUCAUCCCCACAUAAAGAUAUAUUGUAUGUCAGCUGAUACCCUCCUCCCCACAUAAAGAUAUAUUGUAUGUCAGCUGAUACCCUCCUCCCCUGGAGCUGCGAUGGCCGAGUGGUUAAGAUAUCCUGACACUUUAUCACGACCUCCACCUCUAGGUUUCGUGUUCAAAACCUACGUGGGGCAGUUGCCAGGUACUGACCGUAGGCCGGUGGUUUUUCUCCGGGUACUCUGGCUUUCCUCCACCUCCAAACCUGGCACAUCCUUAAAUGACCCUGGCUGUUAAUAGGACAUUAAACAAAAUAAACCAAACCAAACCCUCCUCCCCACGUUACGACAUAUUGUAUGUCAGCUGAUACCCUCCUCCCCACAUAAAGGUGUAUUGUACGUCAGCUGAUGCCCUCCUCCCCACAUAAAGAUAUAUUGUAUGUCAGCUGAUACCCUCCUCCCCACAUAAAGAUAUAUUGUACGUCAGCUGAUACCCUCCUCCCCACAUAAAGAUAUAUUGUACGUCAGCUGAUACCCUCCUCCCCACAUAAAGAUAUAUUGUACGUCAGCUGAUACCCUCCUCCCCGCAUAAAGAUAAAUUGUACGUCAGCUGAUACCCUCCUCCCCGCAUAAAGAUAUAUUGUACGUCAGCUGAUACCCUCCUCCCCACAUAAAGAUGUAUUGUACGUCAGCUGAAACCCUCCUCCCCACAUAAAGAUGUAUUGUACGUGAGCUGAUACCCUCCUCCCCACAUAAAGAUGUAUUGUAUGUCAGCUGAUACCCUCCUCCCCACAUAAAGAUAUAUUGUACGUCAGCUGAUACCUUCCUCCCCACAUAAAGGUGUAUUGUACGUCAGCUGAUACCCUCCUCCCCACAUAAAGAUAUAUUGUAUGUCAGCUGAUACCCUCCUCCCCACAUAAAGAUAUAUUGUACGUCAGCUGAUACCCUCCUCCCCACAUAAAGAUAUAUUGUACGUCAGCUGAUACCCUCCUCCCCACAUAAAGAUAUAUUGUACGUCAGCUGAUACCCUCCUCCCCACUUAAAGAUAUAUUGUACGUCAGCUGAUACCCUCCUCCCCACAUAAAGAUAUAUUGUACGUCAGCUGAUACCCUCCUCCCCACAUAAAUAUAUAUUGUACGUCAGCUGAUACCCUCCUCCCCACAUAAAGAUAUAUUGUAUGUCAGCUGAUACCUUCCUCCCCACAUAAAGGUGUAUUGUACGUCAGCUGAUACCCUCCUCCCCACAUAAAGAUAUAUUGUAUGUCAGCUGAUACCCUCCUCCCCACAUAAAGGUGUAUUGUAUGUCAGCUGAUACCCUCCUCCCCACAUAAAGAUAUAUUGUAUGUCAGCUGAUACCCUCCUCCCCACAUAAAGAUAUAUUGUAUGUCAGCUGAUACCCUCCUCCCCACAUAAAUAUAUAUUGUACGUCAGCUGAUACCCUCCUCCCCACAUAAAGAUAUAUUGUACGUCAGCUGAUACCCUCCUCCCCACAUAAAGAUAUAUUGUACGUCUGCUGAUACCCUCCUCCCCACAUAAAUAUAUAUUGUACGUCAGCUGAUACCCUCCUCCCCACAUAAAGAUAUAUUUUAUGUCAGCUGAUACCCUCCUCCCCACAUAAAGAUACAUUGUAUGUCAGCUGAUACCCUCCUCCCAUUGUAAAGAUGUAUUGUUCCUAACCUUGUCAGUUAAUGCACCAGUCGUUACUUUUUAGAUACAAACACAUUCCUAGUUUUCCUGCCUUUCUUUAAUUACUAUAAUGAUGUGAUACAACAGAGUAGGUAAUAUAUAUCUGAUUGAUAAGAAAGAUAUUUUGUAAUACUUACUGGUCAUUGAAUGCUGAUCUGAAACCUUAUUUUAAUAACAUUGAAUCUCCCUGACAUUUACACAUUUUUAUAUACUGUAUACAACAGAAAGGUCUGCCCAUGAAUUUUUACAACUACACAAUUAAUUACUGCUGGUACUUUGUUUUUUCAAUUUCACAAAAUUUUAU